AGGCAGAUAGGGACCUUCACUGCCGCUGCUCUAGCUGGGUCAACAUAUCAGCCCUGUUUCCUGGAAAGGUCAUGCAACCUUUGUUCCAAGGGUCCGGAUAUCUAAGUUGCGACCUUACAACGGGUAAAUCCCAGACCCAUGGAACCAUGGAAAAUUUACCUCAGCUGCAUCAACAAGACACGAAGUCAUCUUCAUUGAUUGCUCAUGUGAGGAAGGUGAUUGUGUCGCUAUUUCAUAUAUCAAAACCAUCAGCUCGAAGAAUAGAAUCGCCCUGUUUUCAACGCUGUCGCCAUUUAAUCACCUGAGCACCAUUGGUCUGUCCAAUAACAUCGACAGAUACAUUAGCAUCUCUUCCAGCACCUUAUCUCCAGACAUGAACCCCCACACUCCAAGAAUUCUGGUCAUAGGAGCAGGUUCACAAGGCCAUGCCUACGCUGAGCCAAUCACAAGACUCGGCCUGGGAGAGAUCGUCGGGGUAUGCGAACCGAUUUCUUGGAAACGCAAAGACUUUGGACGGAAAUACAUCUGGGGAAUAUCGUCUCGCUCUCCUCUACCGCAUGAGGAAUUUGAAGAUUGGAAAGAUCUCAUUGAGUAUGAGAAGAAGAGACGAGAAAGGCUCGGUGCUGGUGAAAUCAAGGAAGGUGAUGCUGAAUUCAAGGGUGUCGAUGCUGUGUUUGUUUGUGUGUUGGACGAAUUGCAUAUCCAUAUCGUGAAAGCACUUGCCCCAUUGGGACUUCAUGUCAUGUGCGAGAAACCCUUGGCCACCUCUCUACACGACUGUAUCGAUAUUCAAGCAACCCUGACAAAGGAAUGGGAGAUCCUGGGGAAGAAAACAAUUUUUGGAAUAGGGCACGUGCUACGAUACAGCCCACACAACAUUCUCCUCAGGAAGCUAGUCAGGGAGGAUAAAGUUGUCGGAGAUGUUGUUAGUGUUGAGCAUACUGAACCGAUUGGCUGGUGGCAUAUGGCUCAUAGUUUUGUACGAGGCAAUUGGCGACGUCAAGAUAUGACUGCUCCAUCACUCUUGACCAAAUCUUGUCAUGAUAUCGAUUUCCUGAUGUGGCUCCUGUGCAGCCCUGGAGCAAAGAAAGGCAGCAUGCCACAUUUACCGUCUUUAAUCUCCUCAACCGGAAGCUUGAAGCAGUUCCGCAAAGCUCGAAAGCCUAGAGGAGCAGGGAAAAUCACCAAUUGCCUUUCCUGUCCCAUAGAGUCGAAUUGUCUCUACUCCUCCAAAGGCAUUUAUGUGGACAGGCUGCUGAAUCCAGAUGACCUUGACUGGCCACUCAAAAGCAUUGUCCCUGAGAUCGAAGAUCUGUACACUCUGCAGGGAAAGGACAUCGCUAAGAACAGACUCCUUGAAGUCUUGGCUGAAGACUACACCUCCGACGUUCCCGAUUCGGAGGUAAAACAAAGGUCCUGGUACGGACGCUGUGUUUGGGAAUGCGACAAUGAUGUCUGCGACGAUCAAGUUGUCAUAAUUACAUGGGAAGACGAUCCUCUAAAAUCCUCUGACACUCUUCCUCAAGCAGGAACGACAGGAGAUGUCGGACACUUGGACGAGAGAGGUGCCAAGACAGCAAUCUUUCACAUGAUCGCUCCUACCGAGAAGAUCUGCGAGAGACGAGGUCGGGUGUAUGGUACCACUGGAGAGAUCACUUAUGACAGUGACACCAUUUCGGUGCACUCUUUCGCUUCUGGGCAAACUGUGAGGCAUCCCACAAGUGUCGCGGGCAAGGGUCAUGGUGGUGGUGAUGAAGCUAUGGCUGAAAAAUUCUGUCGAGCAGUGCAAGCAGUGACUUCAGGAGAAAUGACAGCGGAUGUAGCUCAAAGAUAUUGGUUGGGAUGCGAUAUUGAGGAGGUCGUCCGAAGUCACCUGGUUGUCUUUGCGGCCGAGAAAGCUCGCUUGGAGAGAGUGGUCGUGGAUUGGAAAGAGUUCACGGACGAGGUUGCGGUGGCUGAAUAGUUCUGAUGACUUGAGAAGGUUUACAUUUCUCUUGAAUGUCUU